AUGGACCCCAAAGCGCGGUUACAAGUUCUGAGAUGCGUCGCCUAUUCGACGGUUGCUUUUGCCACCAUGGCUGUUCUCACCGUCUCACUCACCGUCCCGAUGAUGUACUCGUACGUCGAUCAAAUCAAAACUCAAAUGGAGAUCGAGAUGGAGUCUUGUCUUGAGGCUAAAGAGGAGAUCUGGAGUGGAGUGAACGAGCUUCGCGCCAUUCAACGCCACAACCGUACCGCUCGUCAGGCUGACUACCGUGACACGGAUAUGUUCAACUUGGCCUCUCCCGCACCAGCACCAACACGUCACCAAGGAACCACCGGCUAUGGAGGAAACCGUGGUGGAUGGGGAGGAAACAGACAACCAGCUCGUCAACCGCAACACGCCGCUCCACAAGGAUACGGACGUGGACAGGCCAAUCAACGACCAACUGGAAACGUUGGCGGAUACCAGAGAAACGGCUUCAAUCAAGGUGGAAACAGCUACCGUCAACCAGCUGGAGGAAACAAUGGUGGAAACAAUGGUGGAUACAAUCGUCAACACGCUGAGGGAGAUUGUUCAGCGUGCUGCAGUGGAGGACAAGCCGGACCACCAGGACCAGCAGGAAGACCCGGACGUCCAGGAAAUAUGGGAGCCCCAGGAAACCCCGGAAGCCAAGGUCGCCCACCAGUGCAUCAAGCUUGCGAACAGGCCACCCCUGCCCCAUGCCGACCAUGCCCACGUGGACCACCCGGACCCCCAGGACCACCAGGACCUGCUGGAGACGAUGGACACCCAGGAACUGCUGGAGGACCCGGACAGCCCGGAGGCCCUGGCCAACCUGGACCCCGAGGAGCACCUGGACCCGCUGGACAUCCUGGAAACGAUGGAGCGCCCGGAAACGCUGGAGCCCCAGCUUACGGAGGAUCGUCUUCUCAAGGAGCACCCGGACCUGCCGGACCUGCUGGACCCCCUGGACCAGCCGGAUCUCCUGGACAACGAGGAGGAAAUGGACAUCCUGGACCAGCUGGACCAAAGGGACCCAAUGGACACCCUGGAGCCCCUGGACAAGACGGUCAUCCCGGAACAAAGGGAACCAACGGAAAGGGUGGAAACGGAGGAGAAAAGGGAAUCUGCCCCAAAUAUUGCGCCAUCGAUGGUGGUGUCUUCUUCGAGGACGGAACUCGCCGU